AUGUUCUCCUUCGCUCGUCUCGCCCUCUUCUCUGCUGCCGCCUUCACCGCGGUCUCUGCCCUCCCCAUCGACCUCCCUGUCUCCCUUCCGGUCGUGGGCAGCUCCAUUGACCUUCCCGCCCCCGUCGACGGUGUCGCGGACACUGCUCUCUCCGUCGCCGGCGGCGUUGUUGGCACCGUGACUGGUGUCGUCGGGAGCCUCGACCUCCCCGUCCGCCGUGACAUUGUGGGUGUUGCCUCCAUCCUUUCGGAUGCCACGGUCGCGCUCGCGCCCGCCACCAACCUCCUCAAGUUCGUGACCGCUCAGAACGCGACCGUCGAGGCGCUCACCGCCCCCGUCGAGGAGAUCAAGACCAUCCUCACCGGCACCGUGACCUCCCUCAAGGCCCUCGUCGGCCAGGACGCUUCGGUUAUCCUCGCCACCGUCGACGGCACUGCCCAACUCACCGUGGCGGAGCUCGCUCCCAUCGUUGCCGCCCUCAUGACCAUCGUCUUCCACGCCCUCGGUGCCGUCCUUACCGUCGUCGGCUCGACCGCUGACUCCGCUGUCACCACGCUCCUCAGCGCGGUCGGCUCCAUCGUUGGCGAGCUCCUCACCGUCGUCGUCUCCCUCGUUGGCGGAAUUCUGGCGACCCUCCUCCCCCUCAUUAGCAGCCUCAUUCCCUUCAUCCUCAACCUCAACGCCUCCCAGGUCAUCUCCCUCCUCGGCCUCUAA